ACUGCCAUACAAAAAUAUUGUUUUUAUGAUUUAUUAAUCUAUAUGCCUCUAUUAAUGGUGGAUUUUUAUUUUGUACUGUGACUCAGGUGUCGUGUGCGUGUGUUUGUGGUCUAGUCUCGGCAGCGCCCGCGAGAUUUCAUGCCCAACGAGAAGCGGCCAUCUUGAAUGUGAAGACUGCACCUGGAAACACCUGUCCACCUGUUAUCAGACCUUUACACCUCUUCUAUCAUCAGGGGAAGCUUUCAUAUAUGUGAACCAGGAAGUAGCAACGACAACAUGUUGCUGUUUUUUCUGGGUGCUCUUUCUGUCCACGUCAUCUAUUUUGCCUCCAUCUUUGACAUCUACUUCACCUCCCCCCUGGUGCAUGGUAUGACCCCACACUCCACCCCCGCCCCACCCCCUGCCAAGAGGCUGGUGCUGUUUGUAGGAGACGGACUUCGUGCUGACCGAUUCUUCGAGCUGGACAAACAUGGACAGACAAGGGCACCAUAUCUCAGGGAUAUCAUUCAGACCAGAGGCACCUGGGGAGUGUCCCAUACUCGAGUACCGACAGAGUCGAGGCCAGGCCAUGUGGCUCUCAUAGCUGGCUUCUACGAAGAUGUCAGUGCAGUGGCUAAAGGUUGGAAGGAGAAUCCAGUGGAGUUUGACUCAGUAUUUAAUCAGAGCCAAGAGACAUGGGCCUGGGGAAGCCCUGACAUCCUGCCUAUGUUUGCCAAAGGUGCAACAGGUGACCAUGUGCACACCUACAUGUACAGUUCUGAGGAGGAGGACUUUGCAGACUCUGACCCAGGAAAACUGGACAACUGGGUGUUUGAGAGGGUGGAGGCAUUCCUGCAGGAAGCCCAUAAUAAUGAGACUCUUGGAGGAUCCCUGCAGCAGAGCAGAGUGGUACUGUUCUUACACCUGUUGGGGAUUGACACCAGUGGUCAUGCCUACAGACCCAUGUCAAAUGAAUAUCUAGAGAACAUCCGUAUGGUGGAUGCUGGGAUACAGAAGACAGUUGGACUGUUGGAAGAGUUUUUCCAACAUGAUGGUCAGACAGCCUAUGUGUUCACAUCAGACCAUGGCAUGACUGACUGGGGCUCCCAUGGUGCGGGCCACCCCUCGGAAACCCUGACCCCCCUGCUGGCCUGGGGAGCAGGAGUAGCAGGACCUCAGUCUGGAAACACCCAGGACUACAUGGAUGGGUUUGGUCAGGAAUGGAAGCUGGAGAACAUCAGAAGAUGUGAUGUGAACCAGGCAGAUAUCGCUCCUCUCAUGUCAUCUCUCAUUGGAGUCCCUUUCCCACUCAACUCUGUGGGCACCCUUCCUUUGGACUAUUUAGACAACACGGAUGGGUUUAAGGCAGAGAGUCUGUUUACUAAUGCCAGACAGGUGGUGGAUCAAUUUGAGGUGAAAAUGAAGCAGAAGAGGGAAACAACAUUAUCAAUGUUCUUCAUUCCAUACAGUGACCUGACACCCAGCAAGCAACAAAACAUGCUUAGAAACAUUAUCAGUUUGAUGCAGACACAGCAGUAUCAAAAGGCAAUACUAGAGUGCAGAGAGCUGAUAGACCUUGCUCUGAAAGGACUACAUUAUUAUCACACCUAUGACAGGCUCUUUCUAUGUACAAGUGUGACCCUAGGGUUUAUAGGCUGGAUGUCAUAUGUUGUCUUAGUAUUGCUAAGAGACCACACCACUAUCAUACAACAGCAAAAACUGUACAAGGUAGAGAAUUCAGUGGGUAUAUGGACCAGGGUACAGGACCAUGUCUCAGAACUUGUGUGUGGAACACUGGCAGCUGCAAUCCUGCUCUUCCUUCUGGUGAUAAAGGCUCCAUGGACAUACUACGUGUACUGUCUUCCGCCUGCCUGGAUUCUCUACUGUGUUCUGCAGAGAGGAUCUGACAUUUACAGGCUGGCGGAAUACAUAAAGACCAACAACCUGGCUCUCUCACUGCUUGGGUCCUGUGUACUUGCAGUUCUCAGCUUAGAGCUGUUGGUUUUGAGUUUCUUCUGGCGACAGCUGCUGACAUUAGGACUAGUGGCCAUGGCCCUGUGGCCUUGGCUGGCUCCCAAUAUCCACUGUGGACAGAUGGCUUUGGUGGGCUGGACUGUAUCCUCCCUACUUCUGGCUGUUUUCCCCACGCUGCCAGUCGUUGGAAGAGAGCCAAAUUACUCAUUGGUGAUUUGGGCAGGAAUCCUUGGGGCUGUUGCUGCCUUUUGGUGUGCCUCAAGAAAAGAGACCAAACUUCUGUCAAGUAACUCCAAAUCAUCCCUUGUAUUGAUCAUAACACAGAUACUGUUGAUGGUCAUGUCUAUAUAUGUGAGACACAGUACAGCUGCCAGUCUGCUGAACAAGGAGGGCAACCCUGUCUUCAACCAAGUGUUUAGUUGGACCAUGUUAGGUUGCACCUUCCUGCUUCCCCUGUUGAGUCUGCGCCUGCUGUAUCCCAGACUCCUCAGCAUCAGCCUGGCCCUCAUGACCCUGUACCUGCUGCUGUCCACAGCUCAUGAGGCCCUGUUCUGUCUGACCUUGGGUUUCACCAUGUUCUUCUGGCUACAAAUGGAACAUGGACUGUCAAACUAUAGUCACAGAAAGCUGGAAGACAUUUCAUUCACAGUAGUGCUGCCAGACAGCAACAGAAAGCAGAUGACAACAGACAACAUUCGCCAUGCCUAUUUCUUUGUAUUUUUCAUAAUCACAGCAUUCUUUGGCACAGGGAAUAUAGCAAGUAUUAACAGUUUUGACCCUCAGUCCAUAUACUGCUUUCUCACAGUCUUCAACCCAUUCGUUAUGGGCUCACUGCUGCUGUUGAAGAUCAUGGUUCCAUUCCUGAUGGUGACCUGUGCGUUCAGGGCAGUAGAUGUGGUAGUACAGGUGCCAACAAGAAGCCUUUUCCUGACAGUCCUGUUGAUGUCUGAUCUUAUGGGACUGCACUUUUUCUUCCUGGUGCAGGACACAGGCAGUUGACUGGAGAUUGGCACAAGCAUCAGCCACUACGUAACAGUGAUGUCCACGACCAUCGCCAUCAUGCUGCUCUUUGGUGUGGCUCGCUUCCUGACUGGGACGGCCAUCAUCAGUCAACGGGAGGAUAAAACUCAUGCUCAGUGAUUUCUAUUUUGUGCCAUGAAAAUGAAAAUAUGAAUGUUCUAAAUUAAUGACAACUCAUUGUGGCUCUAUAAUGUCAAAAAACAACAUCAUAAUUGUAGAGCAGACCAUUUAUCGUAAGGAGUCAUAUAGCAGCAUUCAAUAAUGAACAAUAAGUGAAAUCAUGAAAUAGUCUUGUAAUCAGAUAUUCAAUGAGUUGACAUACAUUGUGCAAGGAAUUCAUGUUUUUAUAGUCAAACACAAAUCAGGAACGACAUAGAAGACAUGUAACUUAGCUUAAAUCAGUCUAUAACUUUGAUACUUUUUUUGCAAACAAUACAGUGAUGUAGUGAAAGAAGUCAUAUAGCAGCAUGCAGCAUUUGAUCAUACACAAAAAGUGAAACCUGAAAUACUAGUAUUCUAGUAAAUAUUCAUUGCAUUCACAUACAUUGUGUAAAAAAAAAUCAUGUUUUUAAAGUCACACACAAAUCAGGUAUAAUGUAAAAGAGAUGUCAGUCUAUAACUUUGAUACUUCUUUUACAAACAAUAAGUGCAAUCCUUUUAUCAGGAGGACCAUUUUUGUCAAGAGGUCCAGGUCGUUAAAGCGCCUACAUGUACAUUGUAUUUGGACAGUAUUAAAAGAGAUUUGAUAUAGAAUUUUUUUUGUGGACAGUAUAAAAGAGAUUUGAUGUAGAAUUUUUUCUCUGAAUAUUUU